AUGUCCUCCCAAGACGACUCCUCGCAGGAGCCGCAUGACACAACGCUGAUCGUUGACCAAUCUGUCUCUUUGACCAUCGGCGCUGACUCGCUCCUCAUACUUGAUGACCGACCGUCUAAACCAGAUCGUCGCUGCUGCGGAUUACUCCAGUCUAGACCAGAAACCAGCCAUGCCAUCUCAUUGUACAACAUCCUGGGCGCCGAGGUCACGGCUUCCAAUCUCGUCAUUGCCUAUGCACAGCAUGCUGCCAAGGACGAUGUUUCCGUAACGACCAUCCAAUACCCAAUCUCCGAAAAAGAAAAAAAGGCCACGGAGACAUGGGCUCAACGACUACUUGACGUCGCGUAUGCCAAGGCGCUGCGCGGCAAACGGCUGAAGGUUUUGGUCAAUCCUUUUGGUGGGAAGGGGACAGCCGCGAGUUUGUAUCAACGAUAUGCGGCGCCGGUCUUUGCCGCGGCGAAGUGCCAGAUAGAUGUACAAAACACGGAAUACAGUGGGCAUGCGAUUGAAAUUGCGAAAAAUCUCGAUAUCGACGCCUAUGAUGCGGUCGUUUGCUGCUCUGGCGACGGCUUGCCCUACGAGGUGUUCAAUGGAUUGGGCAAGCGGCCAGAUGCUCGAAAAGCGCUAGCGCAGACCGCCGUCACACUGCUCCCGUGUGGCUCUGGAAACGGAUUGACAUGGAACGCCUUUGGAACUGGUAGCGUCUCGAUUGCGGCACUGGCAAUCGUCAAGGGGCUGAGAACCCCGCUGGACCUUGUCUCAAUCUCCCAGAAAGAUUCGCGCAUGCUCUCUUUCCUCUCGCAAUCUUUUGGCAUCGUCGCUGAGUGUGACUUGGGUACUGAGAACAUCCGUUGGAUGGGCGCUCAGCGGUUUACAUACGGUUUUUUGAUCCGUUUGCUGCGGCAGACCAUAUGGCCUUGUGACAUAGCCAUCAAGGUGGAAAUUGGCGACAAGGAGGCAAUUAAGGAGCACUACGCUGCGUGGACUACACGCCCAGAGGAGCCAGAUGCUGACAGCAAACGCCUCGAAAUUGCUGCAGAGUCCCCAGGCCUACCAAAGCUCAAGUACGGCACAGUGACAGAUGAGCUGCCCCAGGGGUGGGAGGUAAUUUCGGGAGAAACUAUGGGCAAUUUCUAUGCGGGGAAUAUGGCCAUCAUGUCGAAAGACACAAAUAUGUUCCCUGCAACAUUGCCCGAUGACGGCCUGAUGGACGUGGUCACUAUCGACGGAACAGUCAGUCGUGCUACAGCGCUUACUAUGAUGAACGAAAUCCCUAGUGGUCGCUUUUUCGAUAUGCCAGACCUUAAUGUCCGCAAAGCGUCUGCGUUUCGUCUAGUUCCCCACCAGAAGGAGGGCUAUAUCAGUAUUGACGGUGAACGGGUACCUUUCGAAGCGUUCCAAGCCGAGGUUCACCAGGGACUGGGCACGAUACUCACCAAAUCGGGCCGUUUCUAUGAGGCGGCAGGUCCCCGCUAA